UAGUUCUCCAUGGGGGACGACAUCCCUGUCGAAGAAGAGUACGCACGGCUAGCUAGCUUAGCUAACGUUCUUUAGCUAAUAAACUUCGCAUGAAUCAAGUACCAGCUCAUCGUUACUCUCGUUCGGUUUCAUACACAAGGAUAUUGACACCAGUCUACUACAAUGGAAGUCCUAAUGCAUCACCUUCAGCAGAGAAUCUUACCCCACCUGCCAAGAGCCUUCACCACUCCUUGUAAGAGCCAUUCAAGCUGUGCUGCUGGACAUUCCCCAAAGCCAACCCCCAUUGGCUCCAUCUCCCGACCUAGCACACACCUUCCCCUAGUGUCCCGCCUCUUCCAGCCCUCCAACCUGCGUGAUGUGGGGCAGGAGAGUCGUGCUCAGGGGGAGAUGACCUGCAAGAGCCAGAGACUGAUGCAGCAGGCAGGUCUCAUCCACCCUUCCAACCCUGGCUGCUACUACUACCUCCCAGCCACAGUGCGCUCCAUGGAGAAGCUGGUGAGGCUGAUCGACCAGGAGAUGCAGAGGAUUGGUGGGCAGAAGCUGGACAUGCCCAGCCUGUGCUCUGCUGAGCUGUGGAGACGCAGCGAGCGCUGGGACCUGAUGGGAAAAGAGCUGUUCCGCCUGAGGGACCGCCACGGAGCUGAGUACUGCCUGGGCCCCACCCAUGAGGAGGCAGUGACAGAGCUGCUGGCCUCCCAGGGAACCCUGUCUUACAGACAGCUGCCUCUAAUGCUUUACCAGAUGACCCGCAAGUUCCGUGACGAGCCAAAGCCUCGGUUCGGGCUGCUACGGGGGCGGGAGUUCUACAUGAAGGACAUGUACACAUUUGAUGUGAAUGAAGCGGCUGCCUACCACACGUAUGAGUCUGUAUGUCAGGCUUACAACCGUCUCUUCUCCCGGCUGGGCCUACGCAUUGUUCAGGUCCAGGCAGACACAGGGAAAAUCGGAGGUAAACUCUCCCACGAGUUCCAGCUCCCAGCAGACAUCGGAGAGGACAGACUACUUGUCUGUGGGAGCUGCUCCUUCUCUGCUAAUGUGGAGACCAUGGAACCAGGCCGGACUGACUGCCCACAGUGCCAGGCAGGCACACUGGUGGAGUCCAAGGGCAUAGAGGGCGAUGAUAGCGACGAUGGCAUGGACGACUUUAUGGAGAAAUUCAAGAAAGAGAAAUAUAGCAACGCCUUUUCCGAGAAGAACUGGGAAGAGGAGUUCGAUAAGGUGCCUAUGUUCAUGAAGACGGCGCCUGAUGAGAUUGACCCCAUGAAACACCCGGAGCUGGCUGCUAUUCAGUCCAUCAUCCACGACGAUGACAGACCACUAGAGGAGCAAGCAGAGAGCCUGAAAGAUGAGGGGAACGACUACUUCAAAGAGAAGAACUACAAGAAAGCUAUAGUGUCCUACACAGCUGGACUGAAGAAGAACUGCAGUGACUCUAAUGUCAAUGCCAUCCUGCUCACUAACCGAGCGGCAGCACACUUCCACCUGGGUAACAUGCGCUCUGCACUGAAUGAUUCUGUCGCUGCAAAGAAGUUUAAACCAGACCACCUCAAAGCAUUAAUUAGAGGUGCCUCGUGUUGUAUGGAGCUGAAAAAAUAUACAGAUGCCCUGCUGUGGUGUGAGGAGGGGCUCAAGCUGCAGCCCACAGACAAGAAGCUACUGGAGCUGAGAGCUACAGCAGAUAAACACAAGAGAGCAGCAGAAAGAGAUGCCAGGAAGGCAAAGGUUAAAGAAAAGAAGGAGCUCAGUGAGAGAGAGGCUCUGCUGGCUGCUAUAAAGGGGCGUGGCAUCAAGUUACUGAAGCCUAAGCAGCGUCCUAAGCGCAGCUCUGACAGUGACGAUGAUAAUAGAGGCCCCUCUAGAGCCAUGACAGGCUUGGACCUGGACGGUCUGUGUUCUGUGGAGGCCACAGGGGCCAAGGUGUUCCUGGAUGAACAGGGUGUCAUGCAUUGGCCAGUCCUCUUCCUCUACCCCGAACACCAACAAACAGACUUCAUCUCAGCCUUCAGCGAAUCCUCCAGCUUUCUUGAUCACCUGACUCUCAUGUUUGGAGAGGAACUCCCACCUUGGGACACUAACCGGAAGUACUCUCCCCAAAACCUCCAGCUGUUCUUUGAAGACCACGAAAAAGAGUCCUUAUAUCAAGUCAAUCCAGAGACGCCUCUCAUUAAAAUCCUUCAGCAUAAAAGGUGUUUUGUAAAAGCAGGAACUCCCAGCUUUGUCAUUCUGGUAAAUGGGUCGCCGUUUUGCGAGAAGUUCUUAUCAGAAAGGAAAACCAUUCGACUGUAAUGACACUCCUCAUUAAUCAGCCUAGACCUGUCAAUCUCAGACUACUGGUAUGAACUCUUUCCCACCAAUCGGAAAGGACUGCACUCCUCUCCACUCCCUGCCCAAAGUACAUGUAAAAGUGUAGAUUUUGCUAUUUAAGAGCAGAGAUUGUUAUGUUUGGGAGCCUUUACAUUGUUCCAGAUAUCUCCAACAUACUAUGUGAUUGGCAAGAUUGCAGUGUUCAUUACUGUAUGUAUAGAUCAAAUUCUAUAUCAGUGUCAAUCCGGGAACCCGUCAUAAAAUCUGUUAUAAUUAAGUCACCAUGUCACUUACUAAAAGGCCUUAAAACAAAGUA